GUCGCAUUUACCCUUGAGCAGUUACUUGCACUGACUACAACUUUUACACACAGAAAUACGCUCAGGAGUUGUUUCCAACGUUCGCCUUACGUAGUCCGCUAGAUCCUGAUCCGAACUCCCAUGAGUAUCAGACGGAAAAGUACCACACAUGAUCUAGCAACUUUACGCCUCCAUCCGGACGGAUCGCGCGUUCAACAAUCGUCUAUCAAUAGAAGAACACGCACAGCUCCAUCAACAGUCCCAGAUGCAAGAGGAAAUUGGAUCGCUCGUGAUGCAGGAGGUAAGGCUGCCGUGAGGAGAAUUAGAAACGCUGCUGCCAAGGCAGAUGAUGAGGAUGGAGAGUCAAUUGAUAUCCGUCUUUCUGAUGAGUUGGGUGAAGAUGGAUCCACGGUAGGGACAAGUAAGAAAGGUAAAGAAAGGGCAACUGAGAGCGAUGGAGAGGAUAGUACCAAGGACCGUACCGGCAGGAAUUGGAGGGCAAGGAAACGACGCAGUUUCACCGAAGACUUGUCGUUCUUGGCACCCUCACCCCCGCGUCGUGUCUUUCCACCGACAGAAUCAACCUCCGAAAGCGACUUCUCAUCCUCAUCGUCUUCCUCGUCUGAUUCCGAAUCGGAAUCGGAAGAGAUCAAUAUUAAGUUUCCGGACCCAUCACCCGAGCUGUUAAAAUGCAUUCACCACUUCGCCAGCCGAUACUAUCGGGAGAAAGGCGUUUUGUCCGAUUUAAGCAGGGGUUACCGAGACGAGAGGAAAACACGGCGCUCCAAAAGUGGUGUGUCCAAUAUUCACGAUCAGUCAACAAAAAAACCGGCGCUGUGGACGAGGGAUUCCUCCCUUGAUGCUGACGAUGAUGAUCAAUGGGAAGAUGAGAAAUAUGAGCUGGAAGAUGGGGGAGAUGAAUGGGAAGACGAAGAAGAUGAUGGCGAAAACGCUUUCCUCAAGGAAGAACAUAAAGAUAUGUACAAAGCUCUUGACGGCUCAGCUUUGGUCGCAAUAGGGAUAAUUCUCCAAGAGCAAAUUGCGCAUACGAUGAUUACCGGCUUCUCUGGCACUCAUGCACAACAUGUGCGACGACGGCACUAUUCCAUAGAGCGAAGUUCUUCCGUACCUUCGCUCGAUUCCGACUAAUAUCGACAUCGCCCGUCCGCG